GCUGUUCCGCAUCCCUCUCUACCAGGCCCAUCCCCAGAGGCUGACCCCAGCAAUUGCGACGAGGCACAUGAACUUCGCCGCACACCACGCUCGUACCCUCCUUUUCGUCUGAAUAUAUCAGCCCAACCUGCCCUUCUACCAUUCUUUCCACUCUCCUCUCAUUUCGUCACUCUUCACCGAACCUCACCAACCAACAACAAAAGGAACACUCCUUCUACACCAAGGAGCCCUUGAUUGUACUACGACUCCACUUCGGAAUCAUCAUCUCCAUCUUCAUCAUCCACCACCAACCACCUCACCCUCAACCACGUUACACAUACACACAAUGGAGUCACGGUCACAUCUCAGCAUGGCCGAGCUCAACGCCGCCGCCCUCGACCACUUCGUCUACCAGCCCGUCAGCAAGUCCAUGAUCUCGUACUUGGCCGGCGCCGCCUACAAUGUCAUCUCAUGCGACAGUGCUCUGAUGCCUCCCGCAUCCGCAGAGGCCCAACGUCAACAGCAGCUUCCCCCGACGCCACCCAGGACACCCGAGCCCCGCGCCGUUUGCAACGAGGACGCCGACUUGCCUACUCUCGAGGCCUUCAUCACACAACUCGUUGUUUCCUCCAACGUCCAAGUUCCUACCCUGAUGUCUACCCUGGUCUACCUCGCCAGACUCAAGUCCCGCCUCCAGCCCAUGGCCCGCGGUCUGCGAUGCACAACACACCGCAUCUUCCUUGCCGCACUCAUCCUUACUGCCAAGUACCUCAACGACAGCUCACCCAAGAACAAGCACUGGGCCACAUACAGCCACGUCAACAACGACUUCUCCAACUUUGGUUUCAGCAGAACGGAGGUCAACCUGAUGGAGAAGCAGCUUCUCUUCCUUCUCGACUGGGAGCUCAGGAUCUCCGAGGAGGACCUCUACCGCGAGCUUGAUCCCUUCCUGGCCCCCAUUCGUGCCGAGAUCGAGGCCAAGCACGCUCGCCGCAUCGCUCGCCGCCGCAAGCAAGAGGAGGAGAUGCGCCGCAGACACGAGGAGAUGUACAGCAUCCCCGCCUACCCCAGCCCCCCGUCAUCGCGCGCGAGCUCCCGCUCCCGCUUGGAAUCGCCCGACCACGCCCGCACCUACAGCGGCUCUUCCAUCACUCCUCCCGGCCUGUGCUACAGCAGCAGCUAUGGCAGCUCCGUCAGCUCCUACGCUCCUUCAGUGGCAUCGAGCCGGUCUCAAUCGCGUGCCACGACGCCUCUCGACAACCCCGCCGACGAGCCGUACAUGUACGUUCCCAACGGUAGCUUGUACGAGUCGCCAGUGGAGGUGCACAUUGAGCAGCCUGCAUCAACGCUUCCGAAGCGCAAGCCUCUUUUGCCCUACGAAAUCAGCACCGAGGAGCUCCGCGACAUGCAAGAUGGCACAAAGGCCAAGAGAGCCCGCAUGGGCCGCGGGAUGUGGGGCCGCGUCUUCGGCGGCGCCGUGACUGUGCGGUAACCUGCUGCGCAACACAAUUUUCACCUUUGUCACAGCCUCCAUUACAAGAGUAGUUUUUUUUUUUUUUUUUAGUUUUUUUGCGUUUUGAGCCACCCCCCCCAAAAAAAGCAUGGUG